AUGGGUUCUGUCACCCAAGCCACUUGCGCACGCAUUGCUCAACUUAGGAUUACAGGCUCGCGACCUUUUGUGGACAUUUCUGGUAUUGCUGGGUUAUUCAACAAUGGCCAAGCGGCGUCAAUUUUGCGGGAAUAUAACGCAGAGCCUCAUCACGUUCUCACAUACAGCCGCUUCAUUGAGAAGGACGCGCCCAACAUCUUUGCCGCGCUCGUCUGGCUGCAGCAGCCGCUAUCCAUCGUUACCCUAUUGGAAAACAAAAUACACGACAACCAGCUACCGCUUGACCUGAAGACAUUGCAACAGGUUCUGGACGAAAGUCAGCUUAGCAAUCAGUUUUUUGAAAUCCAGUACGAAUAUGUACCCCACUUUUUUCGAAGAGGGCUCCACCUCAACAUUGUUGAUGAGAAGGUUGUACUGCCGUUCUGUUCAGUUGAGAAGCUCUCAGAACUAAAUGGCAGUUAUGGCUUUAUGUCAAAAGUGUCGAUAUGUGCUACCUUUCACGACUUGAGUGAAAAUUUGGAUGUGGCCCAGACCUUCAUCCGGAAAGAAGUACGCCUACAAGCUGAUCCAAAUCUACCCGGAAGCUUCCAAAUCGAAAAGAAGAACUUGCAGCUUCUGCAUUGCAUCAAGCAUGAAAACAUCGUCGAACUUCUCUGCUCAUACAGCAUCGGUACAGGUACCAACAAGAGACAUUUCUUGAUCUUCAAAGAAGAACCAAUGAACCUUAAUCAGUUCUUCGAGCUUUCCAAGGCGCCCGGUCAAUUCUCGCAUGCCGAGACGUACUAUUUUGCACUACAAGACCUCGCUUCCGCGAUCCACAGCAUCCAUAAGUUCAAACUGAAUCAGGCGACAUACUCGGCAGAUUACACACGGAUUGGGUCUCACAGAGAUCUCAGACCACACAAUAUCCUCGUUCGAGCAAACACCAUGCUGAUUGCUGAUCUCGGGCUAGCGGACUUCAAAGAUCCAGACCAGGAUCAAGGAUCAAAAACUCUUUGGAAAGCCGGAAGAGGAGACUACAUCGCCCCCGAAUGCUACGGAGAUAAGUUCUCUCGCCUCGUAGUAGGACGUUCGCUAAAUAUAUGGGCAUUUGGUUGCAUGAUCGUCGAUGUAGCUACCUACAUGACAGGAGGUAGUGCUGCAUUGAGGAGCUUUUGUGAUUCGAGAAUGAGUCUUUGGCGCAACCCUGUCAGCAAUGGGUUCUUCUUCCAUGAAGAGACCCUCAAGGUUGGCGUUAUGAACCAGAUAGCGGCUCUGGAACAAGAUGAAGAUGAUCCAGCAUGCUCUGUGUUGAUGGACGCUGUUCGAAAGAUGCUUGUCCUCUUACCCGAGGAUCGCUCUUCAUCCUUGGAUGUUUGGACAAGCAUGCAACACGCCUGUUUGACCAAACUAAGCCAUCAAGUAAGUCUAGAGCUGGAGAAGUACAACAAUCUAUUGAGGUCUAGCGGCGAUAAAGGUCCAUCUCAAACAACUCUCUGGUUUGACAUGGCACGACUGUGCUCAUGGCAAGAGGUAGUCGGUGUUGCUGGGCGGUCUACCUGGAGCUCGUUCAAUUCCGUCCGAGAAUCUGUCAACGUCAAAGACGCCCAAAGCCAGAUGUUUACAGCAUGCAACCUUACCAAGGUGCAACACAGCCGAAUAAGCACUUCGAUCAAACUCGGAGAUGAGGACGACCAGGUUGCUAGUCUCCAUCUAAGCUUCCAGGAGAAGCUCACAGGACACGUACAAAAGCUAUUCGACCUCCUCCCAACACGAUUACAGAAACGAGCGGAUAAUUGGUGGACACAGCAACUUCUCAAUGGAACUGCCGAGAAGGACCUUACUAGUUUGGCUACCGAGAGUUCUGUAUCCAACAAUCAUCUGGUUCGUGAGAUUGGAAGUAGAGCUCAAGUAAAGAAAUGUUUAAAGGCGGGCUCAACGAACUCAGGCACCGAUAUCGAUGAGUCAAAGUUCUCUCUACGACUAGACAGACUCUCCGGUUAUCUUGAGCAUGGUGCGCGCCAAUAUGCGUUUUACGAAGAUGGCGUCAGCUCUGUAGCUGUCCUCGUAGAAGACAUGCUUAUCAAGGGGAGCGGAGGCGAAAGGCUUAGCGAAGAGGAAGAAAUAAUUCGCAGAGUAAACCUAGCGAGACUACUUGCAACACCAAACAAGCCACCCAGCUUCCACGUAUUAGACUGUAUCGGUUUCAUCGACGGUGGUUUCCUUCAGCCAACCAAGUUCUUUCACAGAUUACCAGAUGUUUACCAACUACCCACUGGAAAAGUCUCGGAGACUCUGAUGCCGCAAGAUUUGUUCUGGCUUCUCAAAGGCGAAGUUCCCCCUCUGGAGCAAAGAAUCGCCUUAUCACAAGUGCUUGUGACAAGUCUUCACUCACUGCAUCUAAACGGCUGGCUACAUAAGUCUUUAAAUUCGAAAAACGUUCUCCUCUUCCCUGAUACAUCCGGCAACUUUGAUCUAGCUGCGCCCAGGAUCGUGGGCUAUACGCAAAGCCGGCCAGAUGGUGACAUCUGGAACUCUGCCGGAUAUGAGGGCACAUCCCCAGGCAGUCUAUCCCGUUGCAUCCACCCGAACUACACCAGUCAGAGGCGAUGGGAAGGGAAAGCAAGAUUUCGAAGAGUCUACGAUUACUACAGCAUGGGUAUCAUUCUCUUGGAGAUCGGCCUUUGGAAACCAUACAGAGCUAUGCUGAAGCUCAAAACUGGACCCGAGGACAAACUGUUCCUAGAGUAUGCACCGCGUCUGAUUUCAUUUCUAGGAUCGGCAUACGCCGAUGCAGUCACGAAAUGUCUCCAGAUCGCGUUCAAGGAAGACACGCCAGGGGCCAGUGCGGAAGGUCAGCUCAAUGAGUUCUACAAUGAUGUUGUGGAGCCUAUAAUGGAGAUGAAGGUGUAG